UUUUGGGCUAGUUUAAGCUUCUGAAGGGCGGGUUUUAGACUCACUUUGGGCUGGAUAUUUUGAUUGGACCUGGCAACCCUAGUAACAGUUGCCACUAAAGGGACUGAACGAGUUUAAGUGUAAAACGUUGCUUAAAUUAUUUACUUUUAAUACAGCGCUGUAAUGGAGACUCCAGCGGACCCCUUUUAUAGACAGCUGCCUAAAGUGGAGCUUCAUGCUCAUCUGAACGGCUCUGUGAGCUCCGAAACGAUGGAGCAGCUCAUCGCCCGCAAACCGCAGCUCAAUAUCGAGCACAGCAUGACGGCCAUACGUAGCGGACAGCGCCGCACCCUGGACGAAUGCUUUCAGGUUUUCAAAGUGAUCCAUCAGCUUGUUGAUUCAGAAGAGGAUAUCUUAAUGGUUGCUAAAGCUGUAAUUCAGGAGUUUGCUGCAGAUGGAGUAAAGUAUUUGGAGCUGCGCAGCACCCCACGUGAAGAAACAAAAACAGGUUUGUCUAAGCGGAGAUAUGUAGAAACAGUCAUUGAAGCCAUUCAUCAAUGUAAACAAGAAGGAGUAGACAUAGAUGUCAGGUUUCUUGUGGCCAUAGACCGCAGAAAUGGCACUAAGGUGGCUAUGGAGACUGUGAAGCUAGCUGAGGACUUCAUGCUGUCCAGUAAUGGUGUGGUUGUAGGACUGGACCUGAGUGGAGAUCCUACGGUGGGUCAUGGAAGAGACCUGCUCCCUGCUCUCCAGAAGGCUCGAAACUGUGGACUUAAGCUAGCACUGCAUUUGUCAGAGAUUCCUUCCCAGAAGGAAGAGUCUGAGCUGCUGUUGGAUUUGCCUCCUGAUAGAAUUGGUCACGGGACGUUUUUACACCCUGAAGUCGGGGGGUCAGACACUCUUGUGGAUAAAGUUUGCAAGCAAAAAAUUCCUAUAGAGCUGUGCUUGACCUCCAAUGUAACGGGCCAGACUGUACCUUCAUAUGACCAGCAUCAUUUCAAGUACUGGUACACACGAGGACACCCUUGUGUUCUUUGUACGGACGAUAAGGGAGUUUUCUGCACAGAUCUCUCUCAGGAAUACCAGCUGGCUGCUUCUACUUUCAGACUUAGUCAGGAGGAUGUGUGGGAUCUUUCCCAGCAGGCCAUCCAUUGCAGCUUCGCCCCAGAGCCUGUAAAGCAGCAGCUAGAGCAGAAGUGGGCCAAGCUCAGGCCUGUGUGCCUCAUGUCUGACACUGAUGAACCUUCUACUCCGCCAUUGUUUUACAUGGACGUGCCAAGCAGACCAGCCUUGACCUCAGUUUUAGAAAAAGAAAAUGGAUAAUUUUUUGUACUAAAGCAUGAACCACUUAAUUCUAUUGUAAUACAAAAGACAGUUUGUAAAGCAGAUUGAAUCACUCUUCUCUAUAGAUGUUGUCAUAAGGUUUUACCUUUAUUUACUGUUUACUGCAUCUCUUUAACUGGAAACUGCUCAGAAAAA